AUGUCUGGUUUUGUCUUUGCCCAAAGUAUACCAGACGGCGAUUUCCUACGACGAGGAGAGAUUCAGGUUGCUGUCGUGGGCAACCACCUCUACAUCGAAGGAGGGGAGGUGUCACGAAAGUCCAAUGGUCAGGCCGAGGACGCAAAGAUGGUGAACAACACCUACUCCAUCCCCCUCGACUCGGCCUGGACAAACAAGACCGUCGCCCUCACGGAAACCAACAUGAACGACACCCUCUCCCCCGUCAAGUUCUUUUCCCUCUGGACCGACGACCAAGCAAACCCCAAAAAGAUGUACCGCUGGGGCGGCGAGGGCCCGCAGAUGAAGAUAUUCGAGGAAGCACGGAACCCCCGGCUCGGCCUCUUCUCCCCCGACGGCAAUGGUGGCGGCUCCUGGGCGACCGAGGACCUGCCCAAGCCGCGCAUGAUCGCACGCGUCACGGGCGCGAGCUCCACCAGCUGCAACGGCGUCGGGUUCAGCCUGGGCGGCUGGGGAAACCCGGGCACAGACAGGGACAUCUUUCGCGGCAACGUGCCGGUGCCGGGCCUGAUCACGUACGACAUGUCGUCCGGGAGCUGGGCCAACGAGUCGGCGCUGCCGUUUUCGACGUACGGCACGCACGCCUGGGGCUCGGCCGUCUGUCUCCCGUCGCUGGGAAGCAGCAGCGGCGGCGGCGGGAACGGAAGCAGCGUCAGUGGCAGGCCUGGAGGGCUGGUCUUCUUCCUCGGCGGGGAUGUGACGGGACCGACGUUCGCGGCCGAUGCAUCGGACGCCAACCCCGAGAGCGCGCUCAGGACUGACGGCGACAGGUCGCUCACCUUUGACAAGAUUGCUUUCUACGACCAGGGGGCAAAGAAGUGGCACUCGCAGACGGCGACGGGCGACCUGCCCCCACCGCGACGGAGGUUCUGCGCAGUUGCGGCCUCUUCGGCGGGCAGCCACGAGAUCAUCGUCUACGGCGGCGCGAACCCGCUGCAGACGGGGCGGGAUCAGGGGUUUGGCGACGUGCAUGUGCUCACGAUCCCCGGGUUCCGCUGGUUCAAGGUCGAGGGUGCCGCGACGGCGCGAAGGCAAGGUCACGCGUGUGCUGUCGUGCCGGGCAAGAAGCUCAUGGUUAGUGUCGGCGGGUGGGAUGACAAGUUUGAGGGGGAGUCGUGGAAGACGGCGGAUCCAUGGACAAAGGGGAUUGGCGUCCUGGAUUUGUCCUCGCUGAGAUGGCUGGAUCGGUAUGAUCCUGCUGCAGGAGCGUACGAGAGCCCGGCUGUGGUGAGAGAUUGGUACAAGGAUGGUCAAUUGGCAUCAGUCAAAUGGGACAACGAGGACACCAAAAAUCUCUUCGCGAUGAGAGGUGGAACUCCUGGCACUGAGACAAUUGGCAGCGAUGGCAGCUACAGCGGCAACGGCAGGAUUAACGUGGGUGCUGUAGCCGGCGGCGUUGUCGGCGGUGUUGUGCUGCUCGGGCUUGCCGGAGCGUUGGCCUUUUUCCUCCUCCGCCGGCGGAAACAGCGACGCCAGCAAAGUCCCCAGGAGCUGCCAAAUGAUGAAUUGCGAGGUAGUCCCAAGAAUGGCGAAGGCUCAGUCAGUGACCAUGGGCAGUCACCGCCAAGAUCGCACGAACUGCUCUCCCCGAAUGGUGCCUCCGAGUUGAGCUCGCCGACCGGCGUUUCUGAGCUGCACUCGGCGACUCAUAUUUAUGAAGCACAUGGAAAUGCAGUCAUGUAUGAGAUGGAUGGUCACGAUAGGCGACAUGAGAUGAGCGCACGGUAA